CAUUUAAGAAUGAGCGCGCAUAAAGUAAUAAGUAAUAAGACGCAUCCUUUAUCUAUCUCCUAGUCGGUGUACAUUUUGGAUUGCACCGUUUUCCUUUAAUCCCAGCUUGUUUGUCUGCUCGGUUUGCCUUGGCCAGUUCACUUCAUAUUUCCACUCCGACUGCUUGCUCUAUCAGGAAGUAUCGCUGCCGUAGCCUGCAGGCAUAGUCGCUGCAAACCCGAGAGUCAGUCCAGUUGGUGGAACUCCCCACGUGGUUCUGACUCCGGUAUAAAAAGUUUCAGUGUAUAGUGUCACAAUGUCGUGAUUGCAGGGCAAAGAAAAAAGCCGAUCUGAAGAUUGUCCUUUUUUUUUUCUUGCUAACGCUCUCAGAUACACAUCAGCGCCCGUUUGCAGAUCGGAAAUUAAAAAUCAGUUAUUUGAAACAACGGCGACAAAGAUCAAAGCCAGAAGAAAUAAGCGGAUGGAGAAUGACAAAGUGAAAUUUUGCCGAGACCGAAAAGGGAGCUAUAUAAAUGAAGCGAUCUUUCCUUUCUCUUACAAAGUGGGAAUUGCUCAAUGUGAAACGGUCGCAGCGGGGUUUCUUUUGCUUUCUAUCCUUCGUUAUUUGGUUUUGCUCCUCUGGGUCAGUGAGUGCUUUUGUCACUUUGCUUGAUAAUCUUUUUAUUUUAUUUAAUUGUUUUAAAUAUUGUGUGACUCGAGUAUCAUUCAUUGCUAUAAAGAGGCGCUGAGGGUAAGGACUCCGGUGAAAUUAUUAUUAUUUUUUGGUUGGGCACUUCGAGGCUGUAAGUAUAUAAGCCAACUCGUCACCAGACACAAACUGGAAUACAGGGCAAAAGCAAUGUACGGGUUUCUUUCGAGUGGCACUUAAAAAUGACCAAAGACUAUAUUAACCUGAACAUUACCAAGCGAAUGCAGUGGGUCAUCAUCUAUACUCCAGCCUCUUAUCUGUAAUAGACGCACGUAUGGAAGGAAGGAACACGUCACACAGCACUGAGGGGACUGGGUUUGAUGCUCCCUGUACAUACAACUGAAGCAUUUCCAUUGCAUUUUGAGUGGUUAUUGGGUCAGAAGCUAGCCGAUAAAGACAAACUUUUAAUUUUGUAUAUUUAUUUCUUAGAAUUAUUCUUUAAAAAAACGUAUAUCAUUACAUUUCUAAGUUCUACAAAAAAAAAAAAAAAAAAAACACACACACAUUUGAGAAAAUGAGCAGCUUCAUUAUGAAAAUAGCUUGUCUUGUGGCAUGCAUUAUUUGUACCAGCGGCACAGCGGCCCCAGGGACUGAGUCUCAAGCGUCGACCCAGGAUACGUGCACCUCCUGCGGCCUCGGGCAGCCGGAGGAGUCGGUGCGGAUGGACGUGGAGUUUCUGGAAGCGGUAAAGAGGCAUAUUCUUAACAGGUUACAUAUGCGGGACAGACCCAACAUCACCCACCCCAUCCCGAAGGCGGCGAUGGUGACUGCGCUAAGGAAGCUGCACGCUGGAAAAGUUAGGGAGGAUGGCAGAGUAGAAAUCCCAAACCUGGAUGGGCACGCCACCUCGGAUAAUGAGGUCCUGGAACAAACCUCGGAGAUCAUCAGCUUUGCAGAAUCAGAUGAGCUGGCAUCAUCCAAGUCAAGCCUCUACUUUUUGGUCUCGAAUGAAGGAAACCAAAAUCUCUUUGUUUCUCAAGCCAACUUGUGGCUGUACUUUAAAGUGCUCCCGUCCAACGCGGAGAAGGGCGCCCGGCGCAAGGUGACAGUGAAGAUCUACUUCCAGGAGGCCGGGGGGAGCAGCACGUGGAGCACGGUGGAGAAGCGGGUGGAGCUCAAGAGAAGCGGCUGGCACACUUUCCCCCUGACACAGGCCAUCCAGGCUCUUCUGGAGAAAGGGGAGAGGAGGCAGAGCCUGGAGGUGCACUGCGAGGGCUGCCAGGACGUGGCGGUGACACCCGUCCUAGUCAACCCCGAUGACGAGGCCCACCGGCCCUUCCUAGUGGUGCAGGCUCGAGCGGCCAACAGCAAGCACCGCAUCCGCAAGCGAGGGCUGGAGUGCGACGGCAGGACCAGCCUCUGCUGCAGGCAGCAGUUCUACAUUGACUUCGGGCUGAUUGGAUGGAAUGACUGGAUCAUAGCGCCGAAAGGAUACUAUGGGAACUACUGCGAGGGGAGCUGCCCGGCCUACAUGGCUGGAGUGCCUGGGUCGGUCUCCUCCUUCCACACGGCUGUGGUGAACCAGUACAGAAUGCGAGGGCUGAGCCCGGGCUCCAUGAACUCCUGCUGCAUUCCCACCAAGCUCAGCACCAUGUCAAUGCUGUACUUCGACGAUGAGUAUAACAUUGUCAAGAGAGAUGUGCCCAACAUGAUCGUGGAAGAAUGUGGCUGUGCUUGAGUUUUCUUUGCAAGCAAGUUCCCUCAAUUUGAUCAUUUUUUUAAAAGGGAUUAUUACUCUGCUCUGCUACAUCAAGCAACAGGAAAUAAUAAUAAUAAAAUAAUAAUAAUAAUAUUUAUGAACAUUUUGAUACCUUUUGUUUACGGUUAGCCUUUUCUACAAAAUCAAAGACUGCUUCUGCAUUUUAAUUAGUAAUUAAGAAGAAGAAAAAAACUAUCACAUCCAGGCCUGUGGUGCCCGUGACACAAAACACAGAACCUGACCACUUUUUGGUGACCUAGAAAUGGAAUCUGAAGGGAAUGCGCACCAUCUACUGAAAAGAAGUUUAAAUUCAACAGCACUUCCAACAAGGAAAACAUCAAGAUGAUGGGGCACACAUUCCACAAAAGUGGAAGGAGAUUUCAAUUCCUAUAGACAUUCCAGCGAAGUAAAGCACUCUUCAGUUAUUGGCAGAGCAUGGACUCCUAACUGGUGUUCAAGAAACCCAUAUGGACUGGUAUAAUCAGGGUUUCGGCUGGCCUGUAAGAGACAGGUUUACUCUUUACAGCAUCCCUAAAAAAAACAAUCAAAUGUACUUAAACAGCUGAUGCAAAGAAUAACUGGGUUCUCUCGUAUGAAUCAGUGGAUGUCAAGAAUGGCCAUAUUGCUCGGCUGGUAAUGGUGUAGCAUAGCACUUACAAACUCCUGAAUGCACAUUUGAUAGCACUUGCAGACCUAAAUGCCUUUCCAAGGGUGCCUGCCGGUGCCCUUCCCCUUACUCACACAACCCAGUUAAAGAAGUGCCGCAUGAGCUAUGCAAUGACCCGUACCAGACAAGCACGGCUCUUUGUAAGACUCUUUAUUUGAUACAAUACUUGAAACGUAAUCGUUCGCUGCUUCUUCUUCAAUGAGUGAAUGAUUGUCACAAUGUUUGCACUGAAAAGUUGCGUGAUUAGUUUAAAAAACUGCCAUUGAAAGAAAAACAAAAUGUUAUUUUUAUAAAAACUGAAAUUUGAAUUCUGUUAAAAAAUGUAUUAUACCUAAUAAUGGAACCAAAGAAGCCAAUUCUUUUUAUAGCUGUUAUUAAGACAGCAAGGCCGUCGCAUACUGUGUAAAAAUACUGUGCGAUCACGUGUGAGGCCUAAACACUGUUUCAGGGUACAAUAUUAUGGAUUCCAUUUUUUUUUAAAUUCAGCAUGUUCUAUUCUGUACAGUAGACAAAUGGAAUAUUUCAACAUUUCUGAUAAAUUUUUAUUUGUUUUCUUUUUUUAUUUAAUAAAAGCUCUUUUUAGAUCCUGUUGCAGAAUCAUUUAGAAUUAAUAAAAUGUCACUGUGUACAGUUUAUGUAAAGUAAAAUAAGUUUUUAAAAUAUUUGUUCCUUGUAACUGUUAAAAAUAAAAUUCUUACUCUGCAUUAA